AUGUCAUUCAUUUUGAAUAAAUGGAAAAAAUCAGGUUAUUCCGUGGUUUUAACAGGACUAUCACGAAUCGGUUCAUCUAAAACAACAACUUAUAAUGGUUAUAUUAUGGCAAAUAUUGGUAUUGCAGAUACACCAAGACCCGAUUCAAAGAAAACAAUUGAAAAAUUAAAAUCGCUUGGUAUUGAGGUUUGGAUGAUAACUGGUGAUAAUCCCAUUACCGCUAAAGCUAUUGGUAAACAAUUGGGUAUUGAUAAUAUUUUUUCAGAGGUGACUCCUGAAAUGAAAGCUGAUAAAAUCAAAUGGUUACAACGUAAAG